AUGGCUGUCGUCCCCGUCGACACCACCCUCCAAGUCCCUCCUCCGGACCCCGUCGAAGAGCCCCCGAAAGUCGCCGUCACUCCAUGCGAUCCAUGGCCGAUUCCGUACUACUUUGAGGGCGGGUUGCGCAGGGUCAAGCCCUACUACUACACAUACAACACCUAUUGCAAGGAGCGAUGGCGGGGUCGAGAGCUGCAGGACAUUUUCACGUCCGAGUUCAGAGAUCGGCCGCCCGAGUACUACGUACAAGCCCUGGCGGAUGGCAAGGUCACCGUCAACGGCAAGACCGCGGCCCCCAACACCGUCAUCAAGAACGGCGAAAUCAUCUCGCAUACCCUCCACCGCCACGAACCCCCCGUCACCGGCCACGAGAUUGGAAUCAUCCACGAGGACGAUGAUAUCCUUGUGAUCGACAAGCCCGCGGGCGUCCCCGUCCACGCCGCCGGCCGGUACCACUACCAAUCCAUCGUCGAGAUCCUGCGCUCGCAGCGCGGGCGGGACUUCGUCCCGCGGCCCUGCAACCGGCUGGACCGCCUGACGUCCGGGGUGAUGUUCAUCGCGAAGCACCCCAAGGCCGCGGACGCCAUCACCAUCAAGCUGAAGCAGCGCACCGUGCAGAAGGAGUACAUCGCGCGCGUCAAGGGCCGCUUCCCGGACGGCGUGGUGGUCUGCGACCAGCCCAUCAUGUCGGUCAGUCCCAAACUCGGGCUCAACCGCGUGCGCGCCACCGGCAAAGACGCAAAGACCAAGUUCCGCCGGCUGGCAUACUACCCGCCCGCCUCGCCGGCCCCGGAACCAGACGCGCACGAGGUGACCGCGAGCGGCGACCGGCCCGCCACGCCGCCGCCGCUCCUGGCCAACGAAGCCGAGGGCUACAGCAUCGUGCACUGCCUCCCGCUGACGGGGCGCACGCACCAGAUCCGCGUGCACCUGCAGUUCCUCGGCCACCCGAUCACCAACGACCCCAUCUACUCCAACCGCCGCGUCUUCGGGCCCGACCUCGGCAAGCACGAGGCCACCGCCGAGCGCGACAGCGAGAUCAUCGACCGGCUCUCGCAGAUGGGCAAGACGGAGGUCGCCGACACAACAUCAUCAUCAUCAUCAUCAUCCACCAGCUACCGCACGCACCUGACGACCGUGCCGGCCGUGCCGCCGGGCACGCACCCGUCCGUCGUGGAGGAGAUCAUGUCGCGCGAGCACGAGGCCGCCGUGCACGACUACCACAAGCGCAAGGGCGAGCGCCUCUCCGGCGCCGUAUGCGACGUCUGCGGCACGGAGCUCUACACCGACCCGGGGGUCCACGAGCUGGGCAUCUUCCUGCAUGCGGUCGCCUACUCCGAUCUGGAGGGCCAGUGGAAGUAUCGCAGCAAGAUGCCCUCGUGGGCCAUGCCGCCCAAGGGGUUGGAUGGGCCGCGUGAAGCGCCGGACUGGGUGCCUGUCCCGGAGGAGGAGGAGGUCGUCAUCGGCCAGACGCCGAUCCCGGAGGGGAUGGUUGUCGAGGGUUCUGAGGAGAGGGUGCUGCUGAGGGGGGUCGGGCUUGUGGAUAUUUCUGCGGCUCGGCAGCAGGACUUCCAGGAGCAGGAAGCGGCGGUAUGA